AUGGCGGUCAACAUAGAUAGCGUGGGUGCCGCUUCUCCUGCACUACCGCGAGCCCGAUGGAAGUACCUGGACAAGUUCCUGACCCGGACCGGUCCUUUUACGGACGAUGAGACCUUUAUGGUCGGUGAACAGGUUAUAAAUUACCUGGACGGCCUCAAAGUUCUGGUCAUCGGAGCCGGCGGACUCGGCUGCGAAAUCCUCAAAAACCUCGCCCUGUCUGGCUUCAAAGACAUCCAUGUAAUUGAUAUGGACACGAUCGAUGUUAGCAACCUAAAUCGACAAUUCCUCUUCCGGCAAGCAGACGUAGGAAAAUUCAAGGCCGAAACAGCCGCAGCCUUCGUUGAAAAGCGCGUGAAGGGCGUCCAGAUCACUCCUUAUUGCGGGAAGAUCCAGGACAAGAAUGAAGCCUAUUACAUGCAGUUUGCACUCAUAGUGUGUGGACUAGAUAGCAUCGAGGCCAGGCGCUGGAUUAAUGCGACGCUGGUUGGAAUGGUCGAUGAAAAUAACCCGGAUAGUAUGAAGCCGCUAAUCGACGGUGGAACAGAGGGCUUCAAGGGACAGGCGCGCGUCAUCUUCCCAACUAUGACUUCUUGUAUUGAAUGCCAACUCGAUAUGCAUGCCCCUCGCGCGGCCGUCCCGCUCUGCACACUCGCCACCAUUCCACGCCAGCCACAGCAUUGCAUCGAGUGGGCGCACAUCAUUGCCUGGGACGAAGAGCGUAAGGACAUCACGCUUGAUACCGACGACCCAGAACACAUCACCUGGCUCUAUCAAAAAGCCCUGACUCGCGCAAAAGAGUUCAACAUCGAGGGUGUGACAUAUAGUAUGACCCAAGGUGUGGUGAAGAAUAUCAUCCCGGCGAUUGCGAGCACGAAUGCGAUUGUUGCGGCGAGCUGCUGUAAUGAGGCGUUCAAGGUCGCAACGAAUGCAAACCCGUUCCUUGGAUAUCCUGAGCAAGACAACUACAUGAUGUAUACUGGGGACGAUUCCGUAUAUACGUAUACAUUUGAGCAUCAGAAGAAGGAUGACUGCCCGGUGUGCGGUGCUGGCAACAUCGCUAGGCCGCUACAGGUCAAUCCGAACAUCACGCUGCAAGAGUUCAUCGAAGGCCUGGCGGAGAGGCCUGAAGCUCAACUCAAGAAGCCCUCGAUCCGCACAGGGGAGAAGUCACUCUAUAUGCAGCUUGCUGGCCUAGAAGAACAGACGCGCCCUAAUCUGGUAAAGAAGAUGAUUGAUCUCGUCGAGGAGGGAGAGGAGCUACUUAUCACAGAUAAGUCGUUCCCCACGCAGUUCAAGUACAAGGUCGUCUUCUCGAAGUAG